AUGAGCCGCUUGGGGAUCGCCGUGCUGGCUGUACUCAUGUCCUCCCUUCCCUGUUGGCUGGGCGCCCCCUGCCCACCCGUGCCCACCCCCAGCAACAUCACACAAUUCGUCUGCGUCUCCCCAUCCCUCAGCAGCUUCCCGACUGGCUUCCCUGAGGAGACGCUGAUGAUCUCCAUGGAGUUCACCAACCUCUCCAGCAUCGGCCCCGAUGCCCUGCAGAAGCUCCCCAAGCUCCAAGAGCUGCACCUCUCCAGCAAUCAGCUGAGGAGCGUCCCCGGCAGCCUCUUCCGGGAUCUGCCAGCGCUGCGGGUCUUGGAUCUCACCAACAACCUCCUGGAAGAUCUGCCCCCAGAGAUCGUCAACUCCUAUAGCCCUCUGCAGCACCUGGUUCUGAAUGGGAACAGGCUGGAGGCCUUGGAGCCAGCGUGGUUCCAGACGCUGGGGCAGCUAGAGUGGUUAGAUGUGUCCAAUAACCGGCUGCAGGCCCUGCCUCCAAAGUGCUUCCAGAACCUGAGCAGCCUGAAAAGCCUUGACCUGUCCAAUAACCACCUGGACAGGCUGGCCCCGGAGCUGCUGGCCGGCCUGCCCAGCCUGGAGAGGUUAAACCUGGAAGGCAACCGGCUCCACUCCAUUGUCGAGCACACCUUCGACCUGGUGCCGCACCUCAGUUACCUCUUCCUCCAGCACAACAAUCUGAGCUCGCUGCCUGUGCAGCUUUUCCGGGAGCUGGGCCAGCUGCGCCACCUGGAUCUCUCCAACAACAGCCUGACCUUGCUGUCCCCCUGCUUCUCGGAGCAGAACCUGACACUGGAUCUGGAUCUGUCCGGGAACCCGUGGGCGUGUGACUGCGCCAUGCUCUCCUUCAUGCAGUGGGUGACAGGCCACUCGGUCGGCCUGUAUGCCUCACAGUACACCCUCUGUGGGACCCCCGAGAACCUCAAGGGCCAGACGGUAGCAGCCGCGACCAAGGACAAGCUCACUGCUUCCUGUUCAGCUGCACCAGCAGAGCACCCGAGCCCCUGCAGCCACCCUCGGGGCCAGGCUUCCUAA